AUGUAUAGCAGUGUAAAUGUCAUCAAGCUACAACAACGAUGGAAAUUACCUACAACAAGUCUGCCUGGAAACUCUAGUCUUUUUAAAGGGAUUGAUCUUAUCAACCAAGGGGAUUACAAAAGCGCUCUUCAAUAUCUGGAGCAAGCAUCAAAACGAGAUAACGAAUGCGCUCAACUAUUAACAGCCUCCAUUUAUUAUAUGGGAUUUGAUGUCGACAGAAACGUCAAGAAAGCCAUGCUCCUGUUCAAGAGAGCAGCGACAGUGUGGAAGAAUCGGGUAGGACAAUAUUACGUGGGUAUGAUGUAUCGAGACGGAGAUGAUGGAAUACGACAGUGCACAGAAUCAGCAAUUCAUUGGCUAACAUUGUCAGCAAAUGGAGGAUGGAACGAUGCACAAGUCAACCUGGGAUUAAUUUAUCAUCGCGGCGUGUAUGCUAAAAAAGACCACACAAAGGCGCUUUACUGGUAUAAACGGUCACUUCAGUCAAAGACAAGCCAAGAUUUGUACCUGUUUGGGAACAAGGAAUUUAAGAUUGUGAAUGACAGUAAGCAAGUGUUCUUGUAUCGACUUUCUGAAGCGAUAAAUAAGAAGAAUGGAAGUCCUUCACCGUUACAUACUGCUAAAUCAUACGAUAAACGAUUCCUUACAAAGCAAAACUUUUACAAGACGCAUUUCUGGUAUAGCAUGUGUGAAGAGCAACAGAACCACGUGUUGGUCAGAUCAUUGGUUGGAGAACUUUACUUGUUUGGUCAGGGGAGGUUGAAAAAGGAUUAUGUCAAGGCAGAAAUUUGGCUUGAAAAGGCCGCCAAAAGUGGUAAUGCCAAUGCGCAGUUUUUUAUGGGUUAUCUUUACCAAUGCAAACAAAAUUUGAAUGGCGCCUUUUUGUGGUACAGUCGAGCUAGUAAGAACGGAAAGGUUGAAGCAAUUUUCAAAAUGGCCGAGUUUUACUAUUGUGGUAUGGGAGUGGAAAAAGACUAUAUCAAGGCAAAAGGAUACUGUGAGACCAUAUUAGAAUGUGCAGAUCAUGGACGAUCCUACAAUAUGCUGGGAGAUAUUCAUGCAAGCGGUGUAGAGGGUGUGUUACAACGUGAUUAUAAAAAGGCAAUGAGGUACUACAUGGAAGCGGUGAAAGUGGGAUGCGGUGAUGGUUCAGCGGGUAUCGGCUUGAUUUAUGAGUGUGGCUAUGGUGUCAAGAAGAACAAUAAGCGCGCAUACCAAUGGUAUUUAAAGGCCGCCACGGAAAAUAGUGGCCGUGGACAACUGUUGCUAGGUCGGAUGUACAUGAAGGGACUGGUGGUUGAAAAGAAUUAUGACCUUGCAAUUCAAUAUCUACAAAAAUCACUUGACAAUGGUCUCUUGGAAGCAGAAGGGUACAUUCAACAAGCCAUCAGUUUUCGAACGAAAUGUCAUUGA